AGUUAUUCAAGGAUUCAUCUCCCCCAGGACGUAUUCAAACAUAUUUGAAGGAGAUGAAGCGAGGAUAUGUUUACAAACUCAACAACUUCUAUGGAUCCAGAAACAAAACCGUGUUCCGGGUUUCUGAUCAUACUGCGACCGUGUCGUUCGCAUGGAACUCAGAACUGUCGGUUCUUCAAGACGGCCAUGCUCCUUUUGAUGAAGACAGUUUCCGGUUUUAUUCGUAUGAAGAAUUUCAAGCUAGCUGUGAUCUCAAAGGAGACCUCUACGAUGUUGUUGGCCACAUGAAGUUGGUUAAUGGUCAGAGUAUAAAGGAAGCCCCGGUUCUUGACGAAGUGGAGAUAGCAAAGGCGAGGCAUGUUCUGAUUCAUAUCCAAUCACAUGAUGGACCUGUGAUGAAACUCUACCUUUGGGACCAGGCUGCAAGAGACUUCUGCAAAAAUUUUAAAUCGUAUGAGAAAACAUCCACCGUGUUACUGGUCACAACCAUUAACGCAAAGACUCUCGGAGGUACUCUUUCCCUGACCUCAAUGUCCUCCUCGCGUGUGUUUAUGGACUACGAUGUCCAACCUACCAUAGAUUACUUUGGCUGGUUGGGCUCUAAUCCAGCUAUUGCUGAGCAGGUUAGUGCAGAGGUGGUAACUAAACGGGAGACAAUGACUAUAGGGGAAAUAUUCUCCUACAUCAAGCAGGAAUCUGCAAAGGAUGCCUUUUUUGAGUGCACAGCUACGAUCAAUGACGUCGUGCAUGACUCUGGUUGGUACUACAUCGCAUGCAGUGGGUGCAAUACUAAGGUUACAAACGGGGCAACUUCGAUGAUUUGUACAAACAUCAACUGUGAGAAGAUUUACGUGGCUGGAGUUGCACAGUACCGUUCAAAGAUAUCAGUCUAUGAUAACAGUGAGCAAGCUUUUUUUGUACUCCUUGGUGAUGCUGGUCGGGAGUUGACCGGAAAGCCCGCAUCAGAAUUAGUUAGAAACUAUUUCGAGGCUAACGGAAACGAAGAAGGUAACCAUAAGGCGCCUGUCCCAGGAGCUUUGAUCAGCACCAUCGGCUAAAGACAUAAGUUUUGUGUCAAGGUGACAGAGCACAACUUAUCAGGCAAGACCCGGUCUCUUACUGUGACCAAGAUCCUCCCUCUAGACACUCCACCAGCCACAAUGUCAUCGGAAGAAGACCACACUACUGCAACUUCAGAGGAAGCAUUCAAAAGGCAUCUGGAUUCUGCAGAGGGGAGUAAGAGGACUUGUGACAGUGAUGAGAUAGAGGAGUCUAAACGCCUUAAGUGUGGAAACUAGAGCUUCCGUACGUCUACUAAAACUUGCAUGGUUAUUUGCAGACUGAGUAUUUGUUUCCAGUUUCGUUUUUGGUUCACACUUUCCUUUAAGUAUAACUUUCCAGAGUUUUAUUUCUUUGCAACAUGAUAUCUACUUUGAAAGAUUGCGAGUUACUAAACAGGUUUUAUGCACUAUUACUCUGCUUAGAUAAAUAUUUAGAGAUCUACAAUAAUUUCAAUGAUAUAGUUUGAGUAACAAAUAUGACAGGCCAGGAUUAUAUUUGCAUAUUGAAAAUGAUACUGUCAAUGCAUGAAUCCGCAUGAAAGUUUGUCAUAUUUUUCAAAUAAUCCUUCCAGCAACGUAAAAGUAACUUCCAUUGAGGCUAACAUUUUUUAAUAUUCAGAGUAUCUAAUUCAAUAAAUAAGAAAUAUUCCUCCUAAAGCAACCAUUCCUUAAAAUAGAGAUUUAUAUAUUUUAAGUAACCAUAAUUAACUCCAUAAAACAAAGAGCUUGGAUGGCAGACUAUAUGAUUUCACAAAUCAUUAAAAUAUUAAUGGAUCGUAGACAUAUGAUCUCUGGCUGUCACCCAAUUUUUUUGUUUUCGAUAAGCAAAUUUUGUCAAGGUUGAUCAAAUUUGGGGAAUAUUAUUAGAUGUUAAAAAACUAUAAGAGCUUGGAGAAUUUGGGGAGUAUUAUUAGAUGGUUCUACUAAAACCAUAUUAUUGAUGCAAAUAUUUUCAAAUUCAAAACUCAGAUACAGUGUUACUAAACUAAUAAAAUAGAAUUCAAUCAUAUAGUAGUAUAUAGAUGGGAUUAUAGAUGGGAUGCAACUGGUCCCCAUAAAUCUGUUAAAACUUGGUAAGGUUAGUAAUCAAUUAUUAAAAAACAUAAAUUAUUUUUCGUGGACUUAUUUGUAUACUGUAGAAAGACUGUAUUUUAGUAUCUUUUUAUUAACUACAUAUAAUAGAACCUGGAAUUCUCACAUAUAACUAUUUCAUUUUUUAUAAGAGUUAGUAUUAAUAAAGAAAAAAUUGUAUAUGGUUUGAUGAACAUAAGAUAAUUCUUUUUAAAUAAGAGUGUGUUAGAAAAGAGAGUUAGUGUUAAUAACCAAAAAAACAUGUAUGAUUGAUAUGUGUUUAAAAAUCAUCAAAGGCGAAGACUCACAAAAACAAAAAGUGAAGAACAUAGUCUACAAAGAAAUCUUCAACCGCCUUCACUCCCAUGAGAGUAACUAAAACUGGAAACUCAGGAUCUCAUGGAAGGUUUCUUAAGUAGUUAUCUAUCUAAUAGUUCACAUUUAUCUGCUACGCAGUACUCGAGCUAUCAACAGAAAUGAAUCAGACUUAAAACUCCUUCCCGUAUAAUUUCACGGUUACAUGAAGGUAAUAAACUAAACAUAAAAUUUAUGUCAAACUAAAUGCUUACAUAUAUUCCACUUCUACAAGAAAACUAUCACUCACAACCACAUCAGGUUCGCGCUUUUACUUUGACAACGAUAUUGAUAUCAUACAACGAUUCCAAAAGAAGAAUAAACUCCUAUCAUAAACCUGAUGGCAUAACUCCACAUGUGAUCGAACAAAAAAACAUUAAACAAGACCAGUCAACCCUUCUAAAAUUUGCAUUAAUACUUUCUACGUCAAUUAAAAUAAUCAUUGUAUCAACAAUUACCAAUAUCCAUCGAUAAUACUUUUUCUUUCUGUAUUCAACAUUCAGUGGUUUUUUUUCCUUACUAUUUUACAUUAUACAAAAUUUAGACAAACUAUAUUAAUAUACUCUGAUUUUCUGCUUAACCAUUUUCAAAGUCAAAAACCCGGGCGUAGCCCGGGAACACACCUAGUAAUAAAUAAUAGGAUUAUAUCAUGUAUGGGAGAGUGGUGGAAAUAAAUUGGCAGACAAAAAAAAAAGUUUAUUUAAUGUUAGAUAAAAGAAAAAGAGUAGCAAAUAAUAAUAAAGGUUUAA